UUAAACAAAAGGAAACAACGGUAAACAUAACCUCCCGCUCGUUUUAUACCGCGACGAAAAGCAUCCACCAAACGACGGCGAAAUUGUUGCUUUGCUACCAAGCAUAUAGCGCAUUUUAGUGAAAGUAAAGCAACUGUUCAGGAGGCUCUCUCGACAAUGGCAUCCUUUAAUUUAACUUCCAUAACCAGUGCACUGUCCGAUCUCGACCAACACGGUGUUAAGUGGGUUGGCAAAGCAUCCAAAUGGGGAACGGAAGCGGAAGCCAAAGAUUUGAUAGAUGCGAUAAAUGCUUGCAAGGAUAUGCGUUUUCUGAACCUGGAAGGAAACACACUCGGUGUGGAGGCGGCGAAAGGAAUUGGCAAAGCACUGGAAAAGCAUCCUGAACUGAAGCAAGCACUUUGGAAGGAUCUGUUUACCGGGCGCAUGAAGGAAGAAAUUCCGAUUGCACUGAAGGCACUUGGGCAGGGUAUGAUAACGGCCGGUGCACAGCUUACCGUGCUCGAUUGCUCCGAUAAUGCGCUCGGUCCAAACGGAAUGGUUGGACUGGUGGAUCUGCUAAAGAGUGCCACUUGCUAUACGCUCGAGGAAUUAAAGCUGAACAACUGCGGAUUGGGCAUCCAAGGUGGAACAAUGCUCGCUGAAGCGCUGCUCGAAGGGCACAAAGCCAGCAAAAAGGUGGGCAAACCUCUUGCACUGAAAGUGUUCAUAGCGGGGCGCAACCGGUUGGAAAACUCGGGCGCUAAAGCACUGUCGGAAACGUUCGCUACCAUCGGUACGCUAGAGCAAAUCGAAACACCACAGAACGGUAUCUAUCAUGUGGGCAUCACAGCACUUUCCGAAGCGUUCAAGAUGAACAGGAAUCUGCGGAUCAUCAACCUAAACGAUAAUACGAUCGGGCCAAAGGGUGCUGCGGCAUUAUCGGUCGCACUGCAGGAUCUGCCAAAUUUGCGGGAACUUAACUUUGGCGAUUGUUUGCUGAAAACUAAAGGCGGAACCCUGAUUGGGGAGGCACUGCACGAAGGACACACUGAGCUUGAAGUGAUGGAUUUUGGAUUCAACGAAAUCGGACCGGAUGGUGGCUUUGCGCUAGUGAACGCUGCCGCAAACAAGAAUAAACUUCGCUCGCUCGUACUGAAUGGUAAUUACUUUGGAGAGGAAUGCUGUGACCAGCUGCGGGAACUGAUGCAGGACUAUGAGCGUAAAGGUGUGAUAGAGCUGGAAGAGGACGCGGGUGACAUGGAGGAAGAGCAGGAGGAGGAGGAGGAGGAAGAGGAGGAAGAUGAUGAUGAGGAGGAAGAGGAUGUGGAAGAGGAAGGAAGCGAGGAUGAGGACGAUGAGACGGCCGGUGAUCAGGACGAUGAUGACGACACGGACGAGGGCGAGGAGGAAGAUGCGGAAGAAGCACUUCUAACCCGAUUGAAGGAACGUACUACAAAGCCGAACGGCACUAAUAAUGAUAACACGCUCGAUAUAUCUGCCGUGUCGAUCGAUCUGGACUCAACGCUACCGAACACAGUCGAUUCCUUCAUCCGGCAACACUAUCCCUCGGAAACGAUGUUCCAAUCACUACCGGAUAAGGAUAAAGUGGCCGCUUUCCGCGAUUACCUAAAUGCGAUUCCGAAAGAUGACUAUCUGGUGCACACAGCGUUCACCAUCAUCAAGUGCUCGGAACUGUGCGAAAGCCAACCGGACGCGCUCGAUGUAGCGCUAGCCCUGUACAAGGAUGCGUUCGAGUUUGCGAAGACUAACAAACGGUUGAGAAGCCUGCGUGACUUUAUCCUGAUUCAGCACGGAUUGCUCAAACCGGAAGAUCGAAGCUACCAGCUGAAAUACAAUGUCCAAGCGUGCCAGCGUGCGCUACGUGCAGCUAUCCAGCAGAAGUUGAUACCGAAAGAGGAGACCGAAGUAUUCGAGACGUUUCUCAAUCGCGUAGGAUAACUGAUCCAGGAGGUCGCGUUUGUACAUGUACAUGAGAUUUCUUUUACUUUUUAUUAAUUUAAAAAAAAACACACGAAUUCCAAAAAGAAGAAAGAACAGAGGAUAAAUCUCGCUUAACAGUAUCCUAAGAAUGACGUUUCAAUACAGAUAAUAAGGACUCGUUA